UGACAGGUGACAGCUAACCACUCUUUAAUUGACGUUUUUAAAAUGACGUGUAAAUAAAAGUUAACCAAUAAUCAUACAUCAUACGAUUAAUCCAGAUUGUAAUUUGUAAGUUAGAAAAACUGUUUUAAAACGGAAUUACAAGAAUGGUGUUAAUGACUAUGAUUGCCCGUGUGGCCGACGGCCUUCCUUUAGCAGCUACUAUGCAAGAAGAUGAACAGUCUGGAAGAAGUAUACUAGACUACCAAAACCAGGCGAAAAUGUUAUUUCGAAAAUUAGGACCUCAAUCUCCUCCUAGGUGCACUAUUGAAACUGGACCAUAUUUAUUCCAUUAUUUAAUAGAAUAUGAAGUAUGCUAUUUAGUACUUUGUGAGAAAAACUACUCCAAACGUUUGGCAUAUUCUUAUCUUGAGGACAUUGCACAAGAAUUCCAUUCCCAAUACGGUAAAAGAGUGAACACUGUUACUAGGCCUUACACAUUUAUAGAAUUUGAUACGUAUAUACAGAAAGCAAAAAAAACCUUCACAGAUUCUAGGUCUAGAAGAAACCUGAACACUAUUAAUAAUCAACUUCAAGAUGUUCAGAGGAUUAUGGUUCAAAAUAUCGAUGAUGUAUUACAAAGAGGGACAGUUUUAUCAGAAUUGGAUACAAAAACUCAAAAUUUGUCGAUGUUAACUGAAAAGUAUAAAAAAGAUGCCACUUACCUGAACACCAAAUCGAUGUAUGUCAAAGCCGCAGUAGGGGGAAUAGUUUUUCUGGUAUUUAUUUUUUAUUUCUGGAUAUUGUAAAGUGUCUUAACAGCAAUUCUACAAGAUGUACAUCCAGUUCCAAAUUGAUAUUCAGGAAAACAAAAUAGUACCAUGAAAAUUCAUUAAAAUUUUCAUUUGAUGCUGUCACGGCUGAAUAGGUCAUUGCAGAAUACAAUUAUGCUUGUUAAGAAGUUCAUAAGUUUGUAGAUAGGAUACAAAAAUUUUAAUUGUUUGUUUCUGUUAUGAUACCUUGAAGGUAAAAAAUGGAAGGUACAAAAUAACAACUAACUAGUGGUACAAUCAAAGCUAUACCAAAAUAUGAAUUAUAUGCCCUCUGCAUUUACUAUACGCCUUUCUCUGGAACAUUUACACAAUUCGAUAUAAGUUUUUGCAGUUGUUUAUUUGCUUCCGAACAAAAAAGUUUGUUCAAUUUAUUCAUUCCUUCAAGUUGAAUGUAUUUGAGUUUAAAAUCAAUAAAUCUGCAAAGAUACUAAGGCAAACAUACAUAAGUAUAUUAUGGAAACACUGAUUGUCAUUAUUCUGGUUGUGACACUUUUUUGGGGACCUCCUUUUAGUUAUAUAUUCUAAUAUUGAUAUGGUGUAUUGCGUUCAUAGUGUUGGUCUUUAAAUGGUUUUUACACUCACUGAAGCAGGAGUGUAUUGUAUUUAAAUUGCAUCAAAUGAUUUUGUAAAUAUAUAAAAUAAAUUUAUUUAUAUUUUU